UCGCAGAGUACGCCAAACAACAGGAAAGCAGCUAAGCGCACGAAGGGGUCUGAGCUCAAGCACAAGCACUGUCGAAAUGAAAGUGAUGUUGAGACCUUCUCAUUUCCCAUCUCUAGCACCUCCAAUUCUCUGCAAUCCGAGGCUCUCUUUGAUUUCUUCUCUCAACCUGUCAGCGUCAUUGAGCCUUCUCAACUUCUCUACAUCUGCUUCAUUACUGCCAUUUAUUAACAUGAACUUCACACCCAUUUCAUCUUCUCUUCAUUUCAGAAGGUUGGGGUGGGCAUCCCCCUUGAUGGGCAGAUCAAGAUUGGAAAGAAGAGCUACAUUUGGUGCUGUGAACAGUGUAGGAGGUAGAGAGAUACUGGUCCAGCACUUGCUUGUCAGUGAAGACAACCUUAAGCUUCUAUUGGAGCUUCAACAAAGAGUUUCCGGAGGAGAGGAUUUGAGUGACUUGGCUGUGGAGUACUCGAUUUGUCCAUCCAAAGAAAAUGGAGGGAUGCUUGGUUGGGUGCGGAAAGGACAAAUGGUACCAGAGGUUGAGGAGGCUGCAUUCAGUGCACCUUUAAACAAAGUUGUGCGAUGCAGGACUAAAUUUGGGUGGCACUUGUUGCAAGUAUUGUCUGAAAGGGAAGAACUUAUACUUCAAGACAUUGACCCAGAGGAGCUUCAUGCAAAAAUGCAAGACCAAAGUUUCUUUGAAGAGGCUCAAUUGAUAGAUGUUCGUGAACCUGAAGAAGUUGCCCAGGCCUCUUUGCCAGGUUUUCAGGUUCUUCCCCUUCGCCAGUUUGGGAGUUGGGGCCCAGAAAUAACAACUAAGUUUAAUCCUGACAAGGAUACAUAUGUUUUAUGUCACCAUGGAGUGCGGUCGCUACAGGUUGCCAAGUGGUUGCAGACACAGGGCUUCAAGAGGGUAUUCAAUGUGGCUGGAGGAAUUCAUGCCUAUGCUGUUAAGACAGAUGCCUCUAUCCCGACUUACUAAUCUCUUUUGACCGACAAAGUUUGUAUUAAUUAAGAUGAUUUUUUUAAUUUUUAAAUUUAUUUAGCUAUCAAAUUUUGUUAAGGAAUGAAAUUUUGAAUUUGUAUCUUAUUCCGCCUUCAGUUUUUCCUUGCUUGUUGAGCUUUGCUGAGCUUCUAUUUCCAGGUUCUAGCAAUAUAUGCAUCGUCUUUUUCUAA